CGCUUCUGGGCUGCCCGCCAGCAGCCAUGAGUCCGUGCGGCCCCGGCCAAGCCCGCUGCCCCCUCGAGUAGGACCCACCUCCGCGCUGCCGGACCGCCUGCACCAUGGAGUCGCCAGCCUCGAGUCAGCCCGCCAGCGUACCCCCGUCCAAAGGAAAAUCUAGGAAGAAGAAGGAUUUACGUAUAUCCUGUGUAUCCAAGCCCCCGGUGCCCAACCCUACGCCUCCCCGGAACCUGGAUUCCCGGACCUUCAUCACCAUAGGAGACCGGAACUUCGAGGUGGAGGCUGAUGACCUGGUGACCAUCUCGGAACUGGGCCGUGGAGCCUAUGGGGUAGUGGAGAAGGUGCGACAUGCCCAGAGUGGCACCAUCAUGGCCGUGAAACGGAUUCGAGCCACCGUGAACUCGCAGGAGCAGAAGCGGUUGCUCAUGGACUUGGACAUCAACAUGCGGACAGUUGACUGCUUCUACACUGUCACCUUCUACGGGGCCCUCUUCAGAGAGGGUGAUGUGUGGAUCUGUAUGGAACUCAUGGACACCUCUCUGGAUAAGUUCUACCGGAAGGUGCUGGAUAAAAACAUGACAAUUCCAGAAGACAUUCUGGGGGAGAUUGCUGUGUCGAUCGUGAGGGCCCUGGAGCACCUGCACAGCAAGCUCUCCGUGAUCCACAGAGAUGUGAAGCCCUCCAAUGUGCUCAUCAACAAGGAAGGCCAUGUGAAGAUGUGUGACUUUGGGAUCAGCGGCUACUUGGUGGACUCUGUGGCUAAGACCAUGGAUGCUGGUUGCAAGCCCUACAUGGCUCCCGAGAGAAUCAACCCAGAGCUGAACCAGAAGGGCUACAAUGUCAAGUCUGAUGUCUGGAGCCUUGGCAUCACCAUGAUUGAGAUGGCCAUCUUACGGUUCCCCUAUGAGUCCUGGGGGACCCCGUUCCAGCAGCUGAAGCAGGUGGUAGAGGAGCCGUCCCCCCAGCUUCCAGCUGAUCAUUUCUCCCCUGAGUUUGUGGACUUCACUGCUCAGUGCCUGAGGAAGAACCCCAUGGAGCGCAUGAGCUACCUGGAACUGAUGGAGCACCCUUUCUUCACCUUGCACAAAACCAAGAAGACGGACAUUGCUGCAUUCGUGAAGGAGAUCCUGGGGGAAGACUCAUAAGGGUGGGGCCUUGGACCCCUUAACCCUCAGAGCACCUCAGCCUCUCUCUGCUGGGGUAGGGCUGGCCUACAUCCAUAAGCUACUGCCACUUGGCCUUGGGGUGCCCAGAGGAGCUGGGGGACUCUUUGCACCUGGCUCUGCCAUAGACCAUCUUCCCAGGUGCCAAAGAACCAGUCCAUCGGGGACACCCAGCUGGGCCCUGGGACCUUGGCCCCACCAGUGCCUCUGCCUUUGCUGCUCCAAGGACCCUACGUCUCCAGCCCCCAAGACCCUGGAAUUGAAGGGGACUGGAUG